CGCCCAGGGCGACUCUCCCGGGAGGCGCGUGCCCCGGCUCAGUAGCACUGGGGCUGGCGCGCGCGGGGAAUCUUAACGCUACGCCGUCUGCGGACGCUUCGGGGCCAUCAGUUUCCCCGCUUUCCACCCUGGCGCCCCCCAGCCCUGGCUCCCCGGCUUCCCUGCCCCGGGCGUCCACGCCCUGCGGGCUCAGCGGAUUCAGCGGGCUCAAUCUGCGCAGCACCUCCUCCAUGUUGACCAAACCUCUGCAGGGGCUCCCCGCGCCCCCGGUGACCCCCACGCCGCCGCCAGGAGGCAAGGAUCGGGAAGCGUUCGAGGCCGAAUACCGACUUGGCCCCCUCUUGGGUAAGGGGGGAUUUGGCACGGUCUUCGCGGGACAUCGCGUCACAGAUCGACUCCAGGUGGCCAUCAAAGUGAUCCCACGGAAUCGCGUGUUGGGAUGGUCCCCCUUGUCAGACUCUGUUUCAUGCCCACUGGAAGUGGCUCUGCUGUGGAAAGUGUGUGCAGGUGGUGGGCACCCUGGCGUCAUCCGCCUGCUUGACUGGUUUGAGACACCAGAGGGCUUCAUGCUUGUCCUCGAGCGACCCCUACCGGCGCAGGAUCUCUUUGACUACAUCACGGAGAAGGGCCCACUGGGGGAAGGCCGAAGCCGCAGCUUGUUUGGCCAGGUCGUGGCAGCUGUCCAGCACUGCCAUGCCCGUGGAGUCGUGCAUCGUGACAUCAAGGACGAGAACAUCCUGAUAGACCUCUGCCGUGGCUGUGCCAAGCUCAUUGAUUUUGGCUCGGGUGCCCUGCUUCAUGACGAACCCUACACUGACUUCGAUGGGACAAGGGUGUACAGCCCACCUGAGUGGAUCUCGCGACACCAGUACCAUGCACUCCCAGCCACUGUCUGGUCCCUGGGUAUCCUCCUCUACGACAUGGUGUGUGGGGACAUCCCCUUUGAGAGGGACCAGGAGAUUCUGGAGGCUGAGCUCCACUUCCCGGCGCACGUCUCCCCAGACUGCUGCGCUUUGAUCCGCCGGUGCCUGGCUGCUAAGCCCUCUUCCCGACCCUCGCUGGAAGAGAUCCUGCUGGACCCCUGGAUGCAAACCCCAGCUGAAGAAGCGCCCCUGAACCCCCCAAAAGGAGGUCCCACUCCUUUGGCCUGGUCCCUGCUGCCCUAGGGAUGUUGAUUGGGUUGAAGUUCACUUCCAUUGUGAGCCCCAGGACCCAGUGUCAUAGUGAGUUGUGAGCCCUCUGCUGGCAUCUCCUGCUCCUGCCAUCCACACAACACAGUGCCGACGCAAGGGUGCUUUUCCUUCUAGUGCCCCAGCAGCUCUUCAUUUGCACCGAGCGACCCUCUCCCCAGCCUAGGGUCCUCCGUUCAGUCCAGCUGCACAGCUACCUCAGCACUGGAUUGCUGAUUCUGAGGGAGGUGAUGGCCCAUUGCUGUCCCAGGGCUCGUGUUUUUCUUCCCCACCCCCUUUUCUUUUGCUUUUCCUUUGUUGGCGAUGGGACCCUACUUUGUUCUCCCAAGUGCUCUUAUUCUGGUGAGAAGAACCAAGUCCCAGGAUCUGCGGAGGAAGGGAGCUGGGACAGCAUGGGACAGCACUGGAGCGAGGCUGGGGUAGAUGGUUUGGGAGAUGGGCUGAGGGGAAAUGAGUCUGGCCGCUUGUUCUCCUGGGGUACCCCUCUCCAAUGUCUGCAGAUUUUCUCUCGUGCGCUGCCUCCUUCUGAGCCAGGAUUAUCCAACUGCUAAAAUGUAAAUACUUAGGUAUGGGGGGGGUUGGGGAGCUGCAAGUGUGCCCUCCUCCCUUUUGUCCCCCCCCACCUCACACCACCGCCUGAAUUAUUUAAAGAAGCCAUGUGUGGAAACUCACUAUUUAAUAAAAGUAACACUCCAAAGUG